AUGUCUGACUCCCAUCAAUCACGCCUUCGUCACCUAAUAUUUGAAUGUUCCAAGGCAGAGGGUGGUAUUAAAAUGACUCCAGUGAGUCUCGAAGUGACCGGUUCUCCGGUGUUUAUGAAACGUCGGAUUAUCCCACUUGGAUUUCGUGAGCCCGUAAAAGAGGCGUUAGAUGAAUUGGUAAGCAAGGGAGUUCUAACACCCGUAAAUUCUUUGGCUUUGGCCACGCCAAUUGUUACUCCACUAAACCGUGACGGGAAGACUCCUAGGAUAUGUGGGAUUAUCGAUUUACUGUGA